CAACGCCUUCCUAGGAGGUUCUAGCCUUGCUACCUUCUUGCCAAGUCUCUUCAAAUCAGAAGGCUCAGCCUCUCUUUGUUGUGACUUGUCUGCCUGACUUCCCAACAAAAGCCUUGACUGUUGCACCUUUUCUCUUGUCCAUUUCCUACUCACUUGUCGAUCGACACCCAGUCGAAAUAUUCUAACUUGCCACAUUUUCCAGCAGCUCUUUGAGCUUGUAUUCUAGCAAGAUGACGACCAUGGAUUUGCGUGUCGGUAAUAAAUACCGCAUUGGCCGUAAGAUCGGAAGCGGUAGUUUCGGUGACAUCUAUCUCGGUACCAACAUCAUUUCUGGCGAGGAAAUUGCCAUCAAGCUCGAAAGCGUCAAGGCUAAACAUCCUCAACUCGAAUAUGAAGCCCGUGUCUACAAGUCUCUCGCCGGGGGGGUUGGUAUUCCAUUUGUUCGCUGGUUCGGUACUGAAUGUGAUUACAACGCCAUGGUGAUCGAUCUCCUCGGACCCAGUUUGGAGGAUCUCUUCAACUUUUGCAACCGGAAAUUUUCCCUCAAGACCGUGCUUCUCCUUGCCGACCAACUUAUCUCCCGUAUUGAGUACAUCCACGCGAAGUCCUUCAUCCACCGUGAUAUCAAGCCCGACAACUUCCUGAUGGGUAUCGGUAAGCGCGGAAACCAGGUCAACGUCAUUGAUUUCGGUCUGGCCAAGAAGUACCGCGACCCGAAGACGCACUUCCACAUUCCCUACCGCGAGAACAAGAACUUGACCGGAACGGCCCGCUACGCCAGUAUCAACACCCAUCUGGGUGUGGAGCAGUCCCGCCGGGAUGACAUGGAGUCCCUAGGUUACGUUAUGCUGUACUUCUGCCGUGGCACCCUCCCCUGGCAAGGUCUUAAAGCUGCUACCAAGAAGCAGAAGUACGACCGUAUUAUGGAGAAAAAGAUGACGACCCCCACUGAGGUUCUCUGCCGUGGAUUCCCAAAUGAGUUCUCCAUCUACCUCAACUACACUCGCUCCUUGCGUUUCGACGACAAGCCGGACUACUCCUACCUCCGCAAGAUAUUCCGUGAUUUGUUUGUCCGCGAAUCGUUCCAAUACGACUACGUUUUUGACUGGACCGUUUACAAGUACCAGAAGAACGCUGCGAUGAUGUCCGACGCCAAGAAGGACAAGGAGGCCGAGGAGCAGGCACGUCGCCAGGGUGCGACUAUGCCUCUAACUACCUCUGGUGCCGCCAAGCCUGGUGCUAUCUCCAGCCAGCGUCGCAAGAUCAUGGAACGUGGAGCCCUCGACAACACCCCGGACACCAACCGUGCUGUGGGAGGGAGCGACAGGAUUCUUCGGCGUUAGGCUGCGUUCCGCUUCAAAGGCUGCUGCUUCAGGUACUCCUGCUGCCAGCCGCUCGAAGCGGGACGAUGGGCUCGGUCGUCAGUGGUAUUAUGAAGCCUAGCUUCCUGUUUUGUGGCAUGGUGCUAGCCAAGGAGCCUGGGAUUGCCAUCGUUCUGGUUGCUUCCUUUGCAAGGUGCAGCAUACCGUUCGGAACUUUUACGCUUUGGGUCUCCGCUCCUGUUUUCAUUUAUCUUUCCCAUUGCAUUCUCUGUUAGCCAUCUACCCGUUUUUUCGAUCGUCUUCCGGUGUCCACCGCUUCGAUCCGACCGCGUUUUCAUUCGUCAUUCGCUCUACUAUCGGCAAUCUUAGACUCGGACUUCUCAAGUGUAUUCGGAUUAUUGAAUUCGCCGGUUGUGAUCUUUCAUACCGUUUGAAUCCUGAGUUUUGGAUUUCGUGUGGAAGGCGCCGAUGUCGACAUUGAAACGCUUCAUAUAGUGGCUAUAUUUACGUCUCAGUCACCGCGGUUUCCCCCAGCUCGUCGGAUCUGUCGACUUUCAAGUUUAUGUCCGGCGAUAGCUGGUGUGACUGGACGGAAGGAGAUGCAAUUAUCUCGAUCAACUAGUCUUACGGAGUUCAUGGUGGUCUGACGCUUGAGUGCUCGUCAGAUUCGUCAAGACUCUCCUGCGGAUUGUUUUUCGACAACCAUCUGCCCACUUCCCCUUGUUUGUGCAUGUUUAUGGCUUCCGCAUUUCUUAAUUUCCCUCCGCAUUGCACCGACAUUUGUUAUUUGCAUUUUCAGACUGUCAUUGUGGCUUAUUGACGUAUGACUGGGGACGAAGGAGACGAAGGAACGACUGGCGAAGAGGGGAUGACUAGUUAGGGGUGUGGUGGAGUGUCGCUUUCUCGCACGAAUGCUCUCGGUGAUUUGAGCCGAGUAGCAGAAUGGACGGUGAGGGCGAUGUACGCGGGAGCACAUCUUUGGUAUUGGGUGAAUGGCGAAGGAAACUGGCUAGGGUCGCUUCCGGGGUGGUAUUACGUCAAUCUAUGCUGUUUCUCUUAGUUUAUUAAACAUCCAACUGUUUGCGCUCCUUCAAUCCUAUUCCUAUGUGGAUGAGACCGGCUCUGAGAGAGCCGUGGCUGUGGCAUGCGGCCAUGGUUCUCAUCGGGCGGUUAUCUUGCGUAUAGCCUAAUAUAUUCAAC